AUAAAAUGGUUAUUCCAUGGAAAUUUGUUUACAAUCGUGUUCGAAACAAUUUCUCUUAAAAAUUUGAUUUUUUUUACGAUUAUAAAUUCGUAAUAAAAACAAAAACUGCCUUCAGAGAUACUUAAUACCUCAUUAACUCAGUGAAUAUUAAAAAAAUUGACUAAAUUCGAGUUUUACGAAGUUUAUAACUUUUGCCGGCAAUUUCAUAUGGUUGAAGCUUUAACAAUCUAAAAUGUACAGUUUAAAGCAUAAAGAAGAAAAUGCCCAUGAAGAAGCCAUUUGGAGCUGUGUUUGGGGUCGAAAUGUGAUCGAACUCAGUCCCGAAAAGGAAGAUGAACCUCAACAGGAAAAAGAAGAGGGUGAAGCUUCGUCACAAGAAAAGGAAAAGCCCCCUAAAGAAACCCGCACCGAGGAUCUCAUCGUCACAGGCGGCGUUGAUGAUGUCGUCAAAGUAUGGGACUUGAACAAAAAUAAACUUACCCUUCGCCACACGUUACAAGGUCACUCCUUGGGCAUUGUCUCCGUUGACAUGUCCAAAGAUGGCAAAAUCAUAGCCAGCUCUUCGCUCGAUUCAACGCUCUGCUUACAUGACACCGCUACAGGAACCCUAAAGCAAAAAAUCGCGACAGGACCUGUUGAUCUUUGGACUGUCGCGAUUUCGCCGGAUAACAAAUACGUCAUCUCAGGUUCGCACGAAGGCAAAAUUUCGAUGUAUUCCAUGGAAAAUGGCAAAGUUGAACAAGUUCUUGAUCCGCAAAACGGAAAAUUUGCCUUGAGCAUUGCUUACAGUCCCGAUGGAAAAUACAUCGCAAGCGGAAGUAUCGACGGAAUCAUUUACAUUUUUGACGUAGCUGCGGGAAAAAUUACGCAAACGUUGGAAGGUCACGCUAUGCCUGUUCGUAGCUUAUGUUUCUCGCCAGACUCACAAAUGCUGCUGACAGCUUCAGAUGACGGGCAUUCCAAAUUGUAUGAUGUUACGCAUUCGCAUUCGGAUGUCAUGGGAACACUUUCGGGACAUGCCUCGUGGGUUUUGUGUGUUUCCUUUUCGGGAGAUGGACAACGCUUUGUGUCGUCAUCGAGUGAUAAGACAGUGAAGGUUUGGGAUGUAGCGGAAAGGAAAUGUCUUCAUACAUUUAACGAUCACACGGAUAAGGUAUGGGGAGUUGCUUAUAGUCCUGAUACGGAUCAACUGAUUUCAGUUUCGGAAGAUCGAGCAAUUCAUUUGUACGAUUGCCCAUCGAAUAUUGUUUUUUGAAGAAGAUGUAGAAAAAGGAAUAAAAUGAAACAAAAAGGACA